UUUGCAGCUGUCGGUAGAGAGAUAAAGCAUCCUAUGACAAAUAUCCGUUUGGAGUAGCACUAACUUAUCAGCCAUUCCCAUUUUCUCUUUUCUUUCACUUUCACCACCCAACUCCAUUUUGACACCACAAGAAGAAGCCUUACAAAACUUGUUCAACUCUUCUUCAUGCUACAUUUUGCAAGGUACAAGUUAUAGCACUAAGCUCUUGUUAGUGCACUUUUUCUCUUCCAUAUAUAUUGUAAUUUACUGUUCUUAGGCUGAUAGAGAUUUUCAGUGCAGAUCAUUUUGACCUGUUUACAAUAGUUUUAAUUUGAAGAAACAUAUAUAUGGAAGCAUGUACUAGUAUAUGUUAAGAGUCCCACUAAAUUUUAAAGGAUGAAUAUUAAUUAAUCUUGUCAAAAUAUGCAUGGAAACAUGUGAAUAUACAGUUAGUGCCAGCUGUAGUUAUAUACAAUUAUGCAACAGGAGUGAACAUGACACCACAAAUUUAACCAAAAUCUUAAGCCUUCAGUUGCACAUGUCACUUCUUUGAUACCAUCUUUAUCUAAUCCAUUUCUAACAAAUCAUCUGAAAUCAUGAACCAUAAGCCAUGGCAUUGGAGGAAAAAAUCUAUGGAGAAAACAUCCUUUUCAGCAGACAAAAUUGCCAGUCCUUCUCAAAUCAUUGACAAAGAGGCACACAAUCUUUCAACAGAUAAGGAAAGUGGAUCGAGAAUAUCAUCAUCACGAUGUUUAAACGAAAAUUUGGCAAAAGUCCUCCUUGAUUCUCCUGUUGGAGUAGACAAAGAAGUGUCUACUGAAACUGUUACUCCUACAGAUGAAACAUUGCAGGAACCUUUGCAGACACUAAGCUGUGUUCGGGGAGAACAAGAGCAAACGGCGUGUGUUGUCAUUCCGAAUAUAUCAAAAGAGCAUGAAAUGGUUCAAAAAGAAUUGGAAGAGAAGCUGAAAGAAGCAAAUAAAAGAAUAGAUGACUUAACUUCUGAGAAUACUUGUUUAACUAAUGCUUUAUUCUCGAAAGAGGAAUCUAUCGGGGAGCUUCUUAGAUGUAAACAAGAAGCAGAUGAAGAGUUAAAGACUCUGAUGACAAGGUUAGAUUCAACAGAAAAGGAAAAUGCAUUCCUAAGAUAUGAGUUUCAAAUGUUGGAGAAGGAACUUGAGAUACGGAAGGAGGAGAUAGACUAUAGCCGUCAGUAUGCAGAUGAAUCGCACAAACAAUAUCUUGAGAGUUCUCAGAAAGUCUCAAAGUUAGAAGGCGAGUGUCAGAGACUCCGUCUUCAGCUUCAGAAAAGAUCUCCCGGUGUUGCUGGCUCGAUGAAUACGAAGAAUGAAAUUGGAAUGAUGAGAAGAAAGAAGUCAAAUCCUACCAGGGAUGUGGUUUGCAAAAAUAAUGAUAUUAGAAACUCUACACGAGUAUCGGAGAAGAGUAUCGGUUUGAUGAUCAAAAGUUUACAAGAUUUGGAUGAGGAAAACAAGGCUCUCAAAAGAAUUUUAACCAAGAAAAACACUGAACUAGAUUCUUCAAGAUUUAUGUAUACUGAAACAGUUUCCAGGUUAUCACAGGCUGAAAUUCUGCUUAGAAAGUUUUCUGAAAAUCACAAGUCCAUGGAGCUAGCAAGGUGUUAUCCGAAAUCAAAUGAACUUCCUUUAAUGUCAAAUUUUGACAUUUCUAGUGAUGAUGAAGCUAAAUCUUCUGGAUCAUGGGCAAAUGCUCUUAUUUCGGAACUCGAACAUUUACGAGUUUCAGAGGCUAAAACUCAUGAUAACAAUAAAGCUAUAGAAGUUCAUGACAUGUAUUCCAUGGAUGAUUUUGUUGAGAUGGAGAAAAGGGCUAUAGUUUCUGUCAAUACACCAAAAGAAGGAUACUUAUCUGAUGUAAGUGGGAGGGAGCUAGUGCCAGUUGAACAAGAUUUUGGCCUUAGUGAGAGGAAUCAAAAACCAUUUGAUUGGCUUCAGAAUGUUUUGCAAGCAAUGUUGAAGGAAAAACGCCUAUCGAAACGAAGUCUUGAUGAAUUAUUUGAUGACAUAAAAAUUGCGUUCGGAUGUAUAAACCACUCAACUGGUCGCAAAUCUGAUAUAACUCAAAAGUCAAUACAUCAUGGAGAAUCUGAUCCUUUUCAUGUAAACAGUUUUGGUGAUUUUACAGAAGCAGUCAAUAAAAUUAUCAAGCUCGUUGAAGGAAUUGCUCCGAAGUCAUUCUUCUGCAACAAUGGUCCAGAUUGUUUGGAAGAGAACCAGCAUUCAGACAUAUCUCAAUCACCUAAAUCCAAAGAUUACUUUGUUCAUGUUUUCCAAUGGAAGGUUUCAGACUUGAAUCCACUUUUGCAUCAACUUGUUCACACCUGCAAAAAUUUGCUAACAGGAAAAGCUGAUUUUGAAAAUUUUGUUGAGGAAGUGGCAUUUGCUUUGGAAUGGAGCAUUAAUAACUGUGCUAACUCUAAUAAUGCUUCAAUUGCAAGGGAUAAGAUCAAGAAGCAUUUUAAUUCUUUUCUGUCAGCAAAUGAAAAUGAAAAUCAAAUAGAUGUUGAUGAUAAACAAUCUCUCGGCACAAAUUCAGUUGCAUAUCCGAAUGAUCAGUCUGAUUCAGAGAGUAAUCGGUAUGAUUUCCUUGUAGAAAUUAGAAAAUUAAAAGAGGAUCUGACGAAAACAAAAUCUGCUAAGGAAGACUUGGAAGUAAAGCUUUUGUCGGUAACUGAUGAGAGUCAGAACUUGACAAAACAGUGUCAUGAAGCACAAAAUAGUAUCAAAGGUUUAGAAUCAGAAAUAGAGACAUUGAAAGAAUCCAAAGCCAUGGUUGAAGAGCAGGUUGAAAAACAAAUGAUGAUAAAUGAAGAUCUUGACACACAACUUACAAUAGCGCAGGCAAAGUUAAAUAGCAUCUUUCAAAAGUUUUCGUCGUUAGAAUUUGAACUAGAGGAUAAAAAGAACUCGUGCGAGGAAUUAGAAGCAACAUGUCUUGAGCUUCAACUCCAGCUCGAAAGCAUUGCAAAGAAGGAAUCUCCAACAAAUGACAGAUGUGAAGCGGAAAAAAUAUAUCGAACUGGCUGGGAGAUCACAACAGCUUCAUCAAAGUUAGCAGAAUGCCAAGAAAGUAUUAUCAACAUUGGUAAACAACUCAAGGCACUAGCUUCAUCUAAUGAAACAGCACUUUUAGACAAGGUUGUCUCCACAACUAGUUCAAUGGCCAUUCCAUCUCAGAAGAAGAACUUGAUCAAACGAACUUCACUGCGCAACCAAAUGCUAGCUGAGGAUGAUGGUAAAGAAGGGACGCAUGAGUCUAUCGAAACCAAAGAAAGCAAAAAUAUCGAAGUUGAACAGAGGCCAGCCCUUCUUCUAUCUGAAAAAGAAAGUGCUUUGGAAACUUCGCAAGUACAGGUUAAUGGCCCAGAAACAAGUAUGACUUCAGAGAAAAAUAAUAGAAGCAAUGCCAUAGGGUACCUGACAAUUGUACCGCAUAAAAAACAAGGAGGAUUUGAUUUUCUGAGGAAGCUGUUUUCAAGAAGAAAGAAAGGGAGGAGUAGAGGAACCAGGUUAUUAGCCAAAGCAUGAUUGAGAAUGGAAAUAAAGCUUUGCACCAUAACCACAAGAGUGAUAUAUCAAAGAAAGUUAAGCUCAGAAGCUAUUAUUCUUUCUGUCAUGUUUGAGUUUGGUGUUUGACAGAUUUUGGUGUUUUUAGGAGACAGUGGCUUGUUUCAUUAUUGAGGUUUGGAGAUGAAGCCAUCCUGUGAGAGGUUUUCUGUUGACUGUUGUAGAUAUUGCUUAGUGUAUUUCAGAUUAAACGAGCUGAUAAUAUAUAUAAGGACGAGUUUGGUUUGCA